AUGCGAUUGUCGAACGGAUCGCAGACAUUUCGAAGAGAUUCCGAGGGGUUACUUGGGCGAGGAGAGGGACCCAACGAGACCGAGCCGUUCUUGUUCCAGCAAGGUGAAAAUGACCACGAUCAUCCCGCGGAGGAGCUAUCGGUGCACCGUAUACAAGUACUGGCGAGAAGAUGCGCGUUCCCGUUUGCAAGAAGGAUACCACGGGUCACGAAAAGACGAACGGGGCAGGUCCUCCUGAUACUCUGGCUCUGCUGGAUUGUUGCUGCCUGCAUAGAAUGGCGAGCUCAGCACAAUUUACGCCGCAGUCGAAAACAGCUGGUUGCUUUCUUGCAAGAAACAACGUUUUACGUGGUGGAGGAAGGGAGACUUUCUGAGAGUUGGCAGUCGCCACUGCAGCGAAGAUUAACGCUGCAUGUGGAUGGUGAGCCUGUCGUUGGGGGGGAAGCAAGACAUGGCGAAGAAGAUUCGGACCGACAAAGACACAGCAGUAACAGCAGUCCAGUCGGUGUUGACCGUGACCUGGGACGAAUACGCGGAGGGUUUUCUUCGGCAGGGUAUGGGGACAGCGAGGAAAUGCCGUCGGGUGGUUUCUCAGGGGGAUCGCAGGCUUCAAGGCAACACCGAGAACGUGCGGAUGAGUGGUUGCGACAACGUCGCUUGAGACCUCAGGGCUCUGCCGAAGGUCAUGAGUCCUGCCCGCUAAUCUACACGGUGGAUGCCAAGACCGCGAAAAAGCACGGCCUCCUCUUGUUCCAGGAGGAGCUCGAGCUGCUGGGGACUGUCACGGCGCGUCUGUGCCGUUGCCUCUGCCAUUCCCCCGUGGUGCACACCCAAGACCACCCACAGGGCCAGAGAAGAACUGCGUUCGCAGCAGCAAGCGAUAGCGGGCACAAGAGCGCCGAGGCUGAGCGACCGCACCGUAGACUUGGGGUGUGCGAAGGGGAAGCUCAUGCACUGAUGUUGGAAGAGAUGCUGAAGGGGGCCAACGUGGUCAUCUCCGGAGACUCAGGUUGGUUCUACAGAUGGUUCGAAAGUAUGCAGGACGCCUAUGCAAGAACAUGCAGCCAUUUCUCCACCCGCUCCACUCUGGGGAUUCCCGAAGGAACCGUUCUGCGAACCGUGUUAACAGGGACUGAUAUGUACGAGGACAGCUGGUUUCAGCUGGAGGGUGCUGCAUGGCGCCCUUUCCGACAUCCCAUCGACGCUGUCAGGCAUGGCUUCAACUUCAUGCAGUACAAAUUGCGUCAAUCCCAAGUGGGCCCACUGGGCAAAUCAACCCACACCGAUCUUCAGCCCAUGAUGGUGACGUUUGAUGGGUGCGUCAGAAGAAACGACGCGCAGAGUGACGGAGAUGAUUCUCGUCACGGUGGUCGGUUGCUGAUUGUCCCCGAGGAUGUAUAGCAGGGACAUUCGAUCCUGUCUCCCGCGUGCGGUGUUGUUGUACAUAGUUAAUAGUAGGUCGUCUGUGGAUGGACGUGCAAGAAGGAUACUCGUGGGCGUACACGCGGGAACGAAUGUGUCUCAUCGGCCAGGUUCGAGAAUGUGGCCUUCACGCUCAACACUCCCGCGCAGGAUUUCUCCUGAAUGCGUUGUGUUGUUGGCAAGGAGCCUGAUCAGUGGUUCAUUGGCGUUUCCACAGUUCCACCGUGCCAACGUAUGCGCGUAAUAAGCACAAGGAGGCCAUGCCCAGACAUGGCCUCAUGCUUGUGUAGACUCGCUGUACAUGCUACAGGUACCGAUCUACCGUGAAGAAUUGUAGAUUCGUGUAGGAUGCGUACCAGUUUCCUGUUUCGUCUUGCAGCGGCGAGCACCGUGUUCAUCGAUGCCGUGACCAGAACCACGAGGAUAUUUUGAGAGUU